AUGGAUUGCAUCAUUGACUUUCCAUUCUUCUCACCCCCACCUUCCUUUCAUCGGCCCACUUGGCUCACCCUGCAACAAUCUGAUGAAUUCUAUAUUAGUACAAUAGCAUUUCUUUUUAUGUACUUAACUAGUUUUUGUCUCCUACAUAAACAGCCUCCAUUUCUUCCCUCAAUUCUUUCUUUAUCUAUGCAACUUUUCUUGACUGCUACUUUUUCUCCAUCCUCAGGAUACAGUUUGAGUUUGAUUCACUGGUCUUUCUCCCCUCUUUCUUUUCUCCCCUCUUUCCUUUCUCCCCUCUUUCCUUUCUCCCCUCUUUCCUUUCUCCCCUCUUUCCUUUCUCCCCUCUUUCCUUUCCCAUCUAAUCUGCUUAACUUGUUAAUCAUCUAUUUUCUCUCCACACUUCUAUCUACAAACUUCAUUUUCACUCUCUUGAUCAUUCUUUUCUCUCUCUCACUCUGUUUCUGUCUCUCUCACUCUGUUUCUGUCUCUCUCACUCUGUUUCUGUCUCUCUCUCACUCUGUUUCUGUCUCUCUCUCACUCUGUUUCUGUCUCUCUCUCACUCUGUUUCUGUCUCUCUCUCACUCUGUUUCUUUCUCUCUCUCUCCUCUGUUUCUUUCUCUCUCUCUCUCCUCUGUUUCUUUUCUCUCUCUCUCACUCUCUUUCUUUCUCUCUCUCUCUCCUCUGUUUUUCUCUCUCUCUCUCCUCUGUUUCUUUCUCUCUCUCUCACUCUUCUUUCUUUCUCUCUCUCUCUCUGUUUCUUUUUCUCUCUCUCUCUCACGCUCUGUUUCUUUUUCUCUCUCUCUCUCACGCUCUGUUUCUUUUUCUCUCUCUCUCUCACGCUCUGUUUCUUUUUCUCUCUCUCUCUCACGCUCUGUUUCUUUUUCUCUCUCUCUCACUCUGUUUCUUUUCUCUCUCUCUCCUCUGUUUCUUUCUCUCUCUCUCCUCUGUUUCUUUCUCUCUCUCUCUCCUCUGUUUCUUUCUCUCUCUCUCUCCUCUGUUUCUUUCUCUCUCUCUCUCUCUCUGUUUCUUUCUCUCUCUCUCUCUCCUCUGUUUCUUUCUGUCUCUCUCUCACUCUGUUUCUCUCUCUCUCUCACUCUGUUUCUUUCUCUCUCUCUCUCACUCUGUUUCUUUCUCUCUCUCUCUCACUCUGUUUCUUUCUCUCUCUCUCUCACUCUGUUUCUUUCUCUCUCUCUCUCACUCUGUUUCUUUCUCUCUCUCUCUCACUCUGUUUCUUUCUCUCCUACUCAAUUUAGGUAA